AAAUAUUUAUUACUAAAGUGAUGAGAAGUAAAUUUCAUCUUUAAUUAAUUGUUUUUGUGUUGUAAUUGUCAAUUGAUUAAUUAAUUUUCACUUUUAAUUGUUAAUUAAGUGUCUUGGCUACGUGGUUAAGAAAAGAUUGACUUCUUAAAAUGUCUGGUUUUUGUUUUUGUUUUGUUUGUAAAUCAAUGAUAAGCCAAAGAUAAAGGAAAAGAAGAAAAAGAAAAAAAAGAAUAUAUUUUAUUUAUUGGUUUAUAUUCUCUAUAUAUAAAUUAAUAAUGAAAUUAUCUGGUGGUGGUGGUGGUGAAACUGUGCCUCCCAUUGGUUGGAGGGUGUCGAUAAUUGAACAAUUAAAUAAUCGUAAAUAUCGUGAAGAGAAACCAUUCGAAGAAUUGAUUAACUUUUGUUGUCGAUUAUUUGAAGGUUUAGCUCUUUACUCAACAAACCCUGAAUUGGGUAAUUUUACUAAAUAUUCCCAUGGAUCAACGGAACCCCUUUCAUCUGACCAAGGAGAAACCUUGAAGAAAUUAUAUCGUCUACAAGAGGAAUUAGCCAGAAUGUUGGAAAGGAAAGAGGAUCAAACUGCAACAAUUAAAGAUCUCCAGCAGCAAUUAGAUAUUAAAGAGAGUGAGCGUAGUGAAUUUUAUGCCCGUUUGUGUGAAACCGAAUUAAAUCUUACCAAUGCUCGAGCUGAGAUUUGCCGUUUAGAAAAACAAUUAACCGAACUCAAGACACAAUUACAAUUUGAGCGUGAUGAACAUGCUGCCUUGCGAAUUUUAUUUGAAGAUUUAUCUAAAAAACUUUCAUCUAAAACUCAUGAGGCUGAUCAUCUUUUAAUACAAUUAAAAGCAAUGAAAGCAGCAGACGCAGAGAAAUUAAAUGAGCUUAAUGAAAGGGAAGAAAAAUUAUUGCGUGAAAAGAAACGCCAUGAAUUAGAAACUGCUGCUGCUUCUAAUCGAUUGUGUGAUUACGAUGAAGGUUCAACAUCGCCAGCCGAUCAGGGAGAAAUGGCCUGUGUUCCAACCAAUGUUAUCGCCAUUAUCCCUGAAAGAGCUCUUUGUUCAACCGAUGCCCAUGAUGGUGAUGUUUACGCACUAAGAUGGUGCUCUAGUCAAGGACUUGGUGGGCGUUUUUGUGAUAUGAUUGCCACCGGUGGUAGUGAUCGUAAAAUUAAACUGUGGCAAGUUACCUCGUCACAGAUUCAUCUUAAAGAAACUCUUGUCGGGUCUAAUGGAGGUAUUACCUCAAUCGAUAUUUCUAAUGAUCUUAUUUUAGCUUCUUCAUAUGAUUAUACCUGUCGAAUAUGGGGUAUGUUUGAUGGUAAAUUGCGACGAACCUUAACAGGUCACGCGGAUAAAGUGUUAACAGUUAAAUUCUCAAUUUUGGCCAAUAAGUGUUUCUCUGGAAGUCAGGAUAGGACAAUUCGUGUUUGGGACUAUGACAAGUAUGCGUGUACAAAGACCCUUUAUCCGGGAUCAACGUGUAAUGAUCUUGUUCUCGGUAAAGGCCAAGAAGUUGUGAUUAGUGGUCAUUUUGACAAAAAAAUUCGCCUAUGGGACUUGAGAACAGAGUGUAGUGUACAUGAAAUUUUUCUACCCUCUCGAAUAACCUCACUUGACCUUUCCUCAAGUGGUCAAUAUUUACUUGCCUGUGUUCGUGAUGAUACAUUAAGAUUAAUGGACCUUCGAAUGAAUAAAGUUGUUGAAACCUUUAGUGCCGAUUCUUUUAAAGUAGGAACUGAUUUAGCUCGAGCUACUAUCAGCCCGGACAAUGAUCAUGUGGUCGCCGGUUCCCAUUCAGGAUCUAUCUUCAUAUGGAAUGUUAAUUCAGCUAAAGUGGAUAGAAUACUCAAGAAUCAUUCCUCUCCAGUUGGUGUAGCUUCAUGGAAUCCGCAGGGACAUCUUCUUGCAUCAUGUGAAAAGAAUAAGAAACUAAUCAUUUGGAAUUAGAAACAAAAGACAUUCUCUUUAUCAUCCAAUGUUCUUUUUACAAAAAGUUCUAAACACUUUUUUUUAUUUUAUAAUAAUCUUUUUCUAAAUAAUAUCUCUGAUCCAUGAUUCUCUCUCGACCCUUAGCCAGUCUCUGUUUCGUUAAUCGUUUUACUCUCUAUCGCUCUCUGUCCAUUUUCUCUCACUCAUGGAAUCUUAAUGUCAAUCUGUUUAUAUCCAGUGCUUUCGAAUUAAUUAAUUGUGAUCAAUACACAUCAUGUAAUUACUUUUACUUUGUUUUUGUUUCUCUCUCUCUCACCAUCUCAAAUCAGCUGAGAGAAAGAGAAAGAUGAAAAGAGAGAGAGGAAGAUGAGUAUAAUUGUUAUACUUGAUGAUAAUAAGUAAAAAAAAAAGAAACAGUUGAAAAUAAAUUGUCAAGGUAAAUCUGCAGAUUGAUUUGUUUAGAUAAUCUAAUCAACUCUUCCAGAUUAAAUGUCUUGUCACUGUAUCUUAAUUAUCAUCUUAAUUAAGUUAAACUCUUUCUCUCUUUCAAAUUAACUAUUUGUUUCAUUCAUUUUCAGCCAACAAGUUCAACUUAUUUUCCAAUAGGUGUGCAAAUGUUUUCCGCAAUUGUGAAUUAACUGUUUUAGUGAUUUUAUAAUAAUGUUUUUCUCUAUCAUCAAAUUAUCAUCAUUAAGUGCAAAAAAAUCAACAAUCAACUUAAUUGUGUGUCACUUUCUCUUCAACCAAUCAAACAAAAUCGCAAAUCAAUUUAAUCCAUUUUUUCCCCCUUAACCUUUGAAACAAUUGAACUUUUUUUUUCUUCUUUUAUCUUUAAUUUUUUGUUUACUUCUCUUUCUCUUGUGUUUACAAUCAACAACAUUGCUCUAUCUCUCUCUCUCUCCCUGUUACAUUAACCCAAUUGGAUUAAUUAAUUAAUUUGUAUGUUCAUUAAACACCUCAG